AUGUAUACAAUAUAUGUACUAACAGCGUACUGUUAUGUACAGGCAUACUCGGCGGCAGCGUCGUUCGUACCCAGGCUGACCGACAGAGUCCUCCGGCAUCUCAACCCGCAGCCAGGGGACAAGGUGCUCGACGUUGGCUGUGGAGACGGCCAGUUCACCAGCAAAUUCGUCUCUGCCGUCGCUGCAGUGCUGGGCGUCGACUCUUCCGCGGCCAUGGUCGAGUCGGCUCGCAGGCUGCAUCACCGCAGCUCGCACGCAGACUUUCGCGUGGUGGACUGCAGAUACCUCGGGCAGACCGACAUCGUCGACGGCUCCUGGGAUAAGGUGGUAUCGAAUGCGGCGCUGCACUGGAUCCUGAGGGACGGCAGCACCAGAGUCUCUGUGCUCAAGGCCGUCUACGACUCUCUCAGGCCCGGUGGCGCGUUCGUCUUCGAGAUGGGCGGCCACGGCAACGUCGCGGAGGUGCAUACGGCCUUGCUUGCCGCCCUAGUGCGCCAUGGUCUGUCUCCAGACGCGGCCAGAGACGCCAGCCCCUGGUUCUUCCCCUCGGAUGACUGGAUGAGAAGCACGCUCGAGGGCCUUGGUUUUGUUGUCGACCUGCUCGAGGUCGAGUACAGGCCUACCAGGCUCACCGUCGACGCUCACGGCGGUAUCGAGGGCUGGGUCAGGCUGAUGGGUGCGUCUAUGCUGGAGGCUCUCCCGCUUACUGCCCGUGAAGACGCCGUCAGCUCGACCUGUGAGCUGUUGAAGUCCAUCAUCUACCGUGAGGACGGGAGCAGCUGGCUGGGCUACGUCCGUCUACGCGGGGUCGCUCUUAAACCAGGUCGCUAA